CAACGUCACCACAGAUAGAAGGGAGUUAACUGUUGUAUAGCAAAAUAUUAAAACAGAAUUGCGUCCUAACCAAGUUUCUGCUUCAACGUGAAACCAGUGGAUUAAACAAAUCUCGACAUUCACUUACAUAUAUCAUGGCCAGUGCAAGUGGUGAGAUCUCCAGUGACAAGUUAAUAGAUCUCAGGGUUGUGGAUCUCCGCAGUGAACUGGAGAAACGAGGUCUGGACAAGACUGGAGUAAAGGCCGUGUUGUUGGAACGUUUAGAAAAGGCUCUGAAAAGUGAAGAAAAUCAUAAAGAUACCGAAGGAAGUGAAGAGAAAUCAGAUAAUUUAGCUGCGUUAGUAAACAUUGAGGCUUUCUGUGAAGAGAAAUAUAUGGAAGAAAAUCAAUCUACUGAAGAUAUUAGUAAAAGCGAACAUACUACAGACAACAUGGAUGAGAAAGAAUCAGAGACGGCUAAUGUGGCAUUAACAGAUGUCUUCUUAAACACUACGAAUACAGAUGGGUACUCUUUGAUCCCUGACAAAACUUCUGUGGAAGACCUUACUGAGGAUCGACUGCUUUCAAGCGAUACCAAACCAUCAGAUAUGUUGGCAGAUAACACCUUUGAUAAAGACCAGUUUGAAGAAGAAUUACCUAUAUCUUUAGAUACGGACAAAGACACUUGUACUGAUCUGCAGGAAGAACCUGAUGAACCAUCAAUGGAUACCACAGCGCCUCCAGAACAGUCAUCUUCGUCAGCGGAGACAAAUACUAAAGAAGAAAAGAGUGAAAUGUCCUCAUCAACAGAGAAUGACACAAAAGAAGAAAAUAAUGAAGAAAAGUCCUCGUCAGCCAGUGUGAAAAGCACAACUCCAUCUCAAAAAUGUAAUGAACUGAAAGGAGAUAAGGUGGCCAAAACAGCUCUUUCGGACAAUUUACCUUCAACACCGAGUGUUCCACAUAAAGUUCCAUUUGCAUUAAAAGACACAGUCAGUAUGGACACUUCCACCACUCAACAGGGUGAAGAAAAUGAAUCACUGAUUGUACAUGUUGAUGAUACACAGAAUGAUUUAGAUGCUGAUCUUGUGGCAUCAAAGGACAAAGUGCGUGGCAAAACUGAAGCGAAGAAAACAGAUGGAAGCAAAGUUGAAGAAAGGGCUAAAGGUAAAACAGAAGGAGGGCAAACUGAGAAGAAGGCUGAUGAAAAGAAAGAUGAUAAAGAUGUAAAGUCGAAGAGUUCCUCAGCUUCUAAACCCAAAAUUAUCAAGAAUAUCAAAACCAAUGACCAAAACAGUCGGAAUUUGUGGGUCAGUGGUCUUGCCACAAGUACCCGUGCUACAGACCUUAAAGUGCUUUUUACUAAAUAUGGCAAGGUUGUUGGUGCCAAAGUAGUGACAAAUGCACGGAGCCCUGGUGCUCGAUGUUAUGGUUUUGUAACUAUGUCUUCUUCACAUGAAGCAUCGAAAUGUAUUCAACAUUUGAAUCAGACUGAACUGCAUGGCCGUAUGAUAUCAGUUGAAAGGGCUAGAAAGGAACCUACAACUCAGGCUAAAGCACCAGAAACCAAAACAGGAGAAAAGAAAGUAGAAAAGCCUGAAGUGAAGAAAGAUGAGAAAAAAGAUGGUGAUAAGAAAGAUGGUGUGAAGAAAGUUGAGAAGAAAGAUUUAAAGAAAGAUGAUAAAAGCAGGAGAACGUCCAGCAGAAGAGAUGACAAAAGACAUACGAGCAGGAGCAGUGGGAGUCGUCACAAAAGCUCAGAUAAAUCUCAUGCAGCUACACCAAAUAAGAGCGCAGCUAAACCAGCAACAAGUUUGAAACCAUCUACAAAAGAAGGCUCUGAGAAAAGUGCAGAGCCUGCAGCAGCAGCAGCAGCAGCAAGCACCAAAGAGAAAGUUCCCAGUACGACAAAGCCUAAACCACGAGGGCCUGGUGACCCUGCUUCCAAGAAAGAUAUUUUAUCAUUUGCUCAAAUAAAAAAGGAAAGAGAGCGACAGCGUUUACGUCAGAGACAAAGGAAUCGUAGGGAACAGGAGAGGCGUCGGUUGAAAAAACUUGAUAUGGCUCGGAUGCUUCAGCAGAAUGUAGAACGGGAACAGAAGGAGGAAGUGAAAAGAUUGGGCAAAGUCAGAGAGAAGAUAAGGUUAGAGAAAAUGAAAUUAGAAAAAAUGAAACUGGAAAAAGAGAAACUAUUAAGAUACAGAAUGGAAAAAGAACUUCUUGAAAUAGAAAGACGUAAUGUAGAAAUGCGUUGUGCUGAGAUGUUGCGAUCAGAGAGAAUGAAACUAGAGAAAAUGAAACUAGAAAAAGAGAAACUAUUAAGAUCCAGAAUGGAAAAAGAACUUCUUGAAAUGGAAAGGCGUGAUGUAGAGAUGCAUUCUGCUGAGAUGUUGCGGUUAGAGAGAAUGAAACUUGAGAAAGAGAAAUUAUUAAGAUACAGGCUGGAAAAAGAACUUUUGGAAAUGGAAAGGCAUGAAGAAGAGAUGCGUUCUGCUGAGAUGUUACGGUUUGAAGAAAUGAGAUAUUCCGCCAAAAGACCUCAUGAUCGAAGUGGUUUUCAUGAUAGAGAACUCUGGGAUGAACAUAAACAAUCCAGGAUGAGCGCUUCUGGUAACCCGUCUAGAUUUGAACUUCCAUUCCAGGAUGAAUCACAGUAUAAUGAAUAUGAGAAUACAGAUUAUGGAAGUGAACGGUACAAUAGAAGGGAAGGUGGAAGUCGCUGUGAUGAACAUAAAGAAAGAGAAAUGAUGAGAAUGGAGAUGGGUCCUUUUCACAAUACACGAGUCAGAGGUGAAGGACAAAUUGAUAACCAUUCUCGAAAUGAUGAAAAAUUCAAUUGGGUGCCCUUUGAGUUAAGAAGAGAUACGGGACCUAGUGGAGAACCUGAUAGAAGAUAUAUUGGUCCCGACCGAGGAUGUGAUAAUGACCAACAAAACACAUCAACUCACAAUAGACUGGGCAGAAAUUCUUUAGGUGAUGGACCUGACCAGAGAUCUCCUUGGGAUUCCGGCAGUGUAGAUAGAAAAAUGGACAACUGGUCCCACAUGCAUGGAGACAUUGGCAACAGUGGCAUGAACCAACCCAAUGGACCGUGGCUUAAUAACCCCAUGAACAAAACAGGACGUGAUGCCACCGGAGCAUUUGUUAACAGUAGUCGAAGUGGUAACAGUGGGGGGAUGGGGCAGUACUUUGGACGUGGCAACAUGUUUGGUAACUCACAGGUGCAUAGUGGGCUCAUGGUUUCACAUAGGGGUGGUGGUGGUAUAUGAAUAGACAUAUGGAAGAACCUAGUUUUGAUAUUUAUAAUAUUAUUGGGUCUAUAUGAAAUCCAAAUUGAGGAUUGAGGUGUGAAAGUCAUGUUGACGUGUUUGAUUUUGGAGUGGCAGAUGGAAUUUCAGACAGACAAUAAAACUCUGCCCUACAGCCAUACAUCACCCACGUCUUUCAUUCCAAUUGCCACCUGGUGCUUGGUUCUUGGACAUUCAGUCAUAUUUCUGUCCUUCCAUAUUUUUACACACAGUCAUGCACACACACACACACACAUAUAUAUAUAUAUUUAUAUAGAGAAGAGCAACAAAUAAGGAAGUGGAAAGAGACCACAUAGAAAUUAAUAUAUGGAGAAAUAAAAUUUUAUUCACUAUAAAACACUU